CUCGGUUCGUCGUCGGACGGACUCUUCUGCCCGGAUGCAUCCAGCUUCCGAUGACCAUUUCCCCAUCUCGACGCCCAAGAGGCAGCGGACCACGGCUGCCAAUGGCGCCGUGAAUGGGCAUGCGGAAGGGGAGCGAUCCCCUGACGCGACCCCCUCGAAGCGAGUGAAGUCGACACCUCAAAAACCCACCGCCGAGACGCCUGCGACCCUGAAGGCGUCGGGACUCAAGACCCCGACACACAAGUCAAGAGCAAAGGCUCUCUUUUCGACUCCUACGAAACCAGCGGCCGUUCCAUCGCCCUCGAAAGCCCGCGCGGACCGAUCCGCCAAGAAGAAGAGCGCCCGCCUUCUGCUCGAACAGGAUGACGACGAUAUCUGGGACGGGGCCGACCGUCUGGCGGAGGAGAUCCUGGAAGACGACGAGGUCCCUGGAAAGGCCGCGGACACGAACGGCGUCGUCAAGUCCGUCGAGGACGCCGCAGAGCCAGCGGGCGAUACAGCACCCACGCCUAAACGUCGCGCAGGCCGACCGAAAGGCGCAAAGAACAAGCGCUCGCCCACUCCCGAGGGCGAGCUCCCGGCCCAUGAGCGAUACUUCUUCCAGAACCGCGCCGGACCGCCUCGUACAUCGAACCACAAUCUCAACAAAAUGACCCUGUUGACGCACGAGGAGUAUUUCGAUAAGAUGGCACAAUACGUGGACCCAUACAAACAGGAGAAAUCAUUCCUGCUGGAUCUGCAUUACCGGUCCUUCCCCCAGUGGAACUUCGAAUUCGACCAGGGCUUCAACAUCUGCCUCUACGGCUACGGCUCCAAGCGGCGUCUGAUGCAGGGGUUCGCGGACUGGAUGUACCACCAGCAUGGCUCUGCAUCGCCGUCCGUGGUGGUGGUCAACGGCCACACGCCCAACAUCUCGAUCCGGUCCAUCUUCGCGACGAUUGUCACCGCCGUCUUGGGGGCCGAUAUCCCAUCCAAGAUGGGCUCCCAGCCGCAAGAAGUCCUGGAACUGCUGCAAUCCGUCCUGAAGUCCCGGGCGUCGCAAACACCCAUCACCGUCCUGAUCAACUCGAUCGAUGCCCCGGCUCUCCGCCGCGCCACCAGCCAAGCCCUUCUCGCCCGCCUGGCCGCAACCCCCAGGAUCCACCUCCUCGCGACAGCAGACACCCCGAACGUCCUGCUGAUGUGGGAUCUGAGCCUGCGCGACCAAUUCAACUUCGUCUUCCACGACUGCACGACGUUCGCGCCCUUCGACACCGAGCUCGACGUUGUCGAAGACGUCAACUCCCUUCUCGGCCGCAAGGGCCAGCGCGUCGGCGGCAAGGAGGGCGUCGAAUUCGUCCUGAAGAGUCUCCCCGAGAACGCGCAGAACCUAUACCGGCUGCUCCUGACCGAGCUGUCGUCCAUGGCGAACGAAGACCACAUGUCUGACGACGACAUGGACGGCGGCGGCGGCGGUGGUGGCAACGAGGGCAACCGGGAGGAAGCGGGCAUCGAGUUCCGGCUGCUGUACCAGCGGGCAGCGGAGCAGUUCAUCGCGUCGUCGGAGAUGACGUUCCGAACGCUGCUGAAGGAGUUCCACGACCACCAGAUGAUCACGUCGCGGAUGCAUACCAGCGGGAUGGAGAUCCUGGGCGUGCCGUUGUCGCGCGAGGAGAUGGAUGGUCUUUUGGAAGAUCUGGUGCUGAGCUGAUGCCGAUUCAAGACUGGUCGGUUGCAUGAAUGAUACCCUAUAAUUGUACAACAAGAUAAUGGCACAUGGC